AUGGCGGAGCGCGACGUUCAAGAGCUUGUCCCAGAGACUCACGUCCUGGCCGUUGCCAGUCAUGUGGGUGCUCCAAGCAAGAGUCCAUAUGUCGGGAACACAAUGGCAACAUUCUGCAUGCAGACCUUGGGCUGCGAGGUUUCUGCCAUACAUACCGUGAACUACAGUAAUCACGUCGCCUACCGCACUUUCACCGGCCGCAAAACCACCCCCACCGAAAUCUCAGACCUUUACUCGGGCCUCAAAUCCGCUCUCCUCCAUAACUUCGACGUCCUCCUCUCCGGCUACUGCCCCUCCGCGGCCCUAGUCCACGAAGUCGGAAAAAUCGGUCGCGACAAUAAAACCCGUGCGGCAACGAAACCCGGCUCAUUCUUCUGGAUUCUCGACCCCGUAAUGGGCGAUAAUGGAAGAAUAUACGUGGCGGAGGAAUGCGUGGAAGCUUAUAAGGGGUUAUUGAAAGAUGCGGAUCUGAUCUUACCGAAUCUUUUCGAGGCGGAAUUACUUUCUGGCGAGAAGAUUCGGGAUUUGGAGAGUAUGGGGGUUGCGAUUGGGAAGUUGCAUCAGGUGUUUGCGGUACCGAAUGUGGUGGUUACGAGUAUUCGGUUGCCGGAGACACCGAUCGCGGGCAUGGGGGAGGAGGGAAAGAAUAGUAGUGCGGUGUUGAGUGUUAUUGGAAGUACGGCUACGUCUGAAGGAAAGCCGAGAUUAUUCCGCAUCACAGUCCCGGCAUUACCUGUCUUCUUCUCAGGGACGGGAGAUAUGUUUGCCGCAUUACUCGUUGCGAGAUUGAGAGAAGCUGCUCAGCAAGCUGGAGUUUUGAAUACCGCGAGUUGGAGGAGUCCCGAUGAGGUUUCCGGUCCUGAACUCCCGUUGGCGAAGGCUGUGAGUAAGGUUUUGGCGAGUAUGCAUGCUGUGCUCAAGGAUACGGCGAAGCAUUAUCAGGCCGUGUCGAAGAGUCUGGGCGAGGAGAAGGUUUUGAAUGAGGGGGUGGGCGAGGCGGCGGAGAGGGAGAGGGAGAUGGAACGGCAUUUGAAGUUGACGAGGGCGGCGGAGGUGAGGGUUGUUAGGAAUAUGAGGGCUUUGAGGGAGCCGCCUGAACUUGAGAAGUUUAGGGCACAGGCGGUAGAUGUUCGUGGUGAAGGCGGGGAUGCGGAGCCGGCGUGA